GAAAGCUGCCUGUCUCAGCCCGGGGAGAGCGCACACCUUCUGGGCCCGGGCUGCGGAGACUUGGGCCGCACCUGGGUGAGGAGAGCGGCUGGGGAGACGGCGCCGCGGCAACCGCCGGGGAAGGGGAGCACGAGCCCCGGAGGGAGGUAAUACUCAACAGCUGCUGCCUUGAAUUCAACUGAAACUAUUGCUCUGCACCUGGACUAGAGGAAGAGGGAGAAAGACCAUCAUAAGAUCGUGUAACUUGACCCUCAAGGAAAGCAGCAUCUCAUCGAGAACCUGUCCACGAUAAUAUUGCGGCAAAGUCAACCUUCUCAAGUCUGGCAAAUCAAAGCACUGAAUAAUUGAGGAUUUAAAAAAAAAACUUUUAAUGACUCUGGAUACAGCUUAACGUUGUUCGUGACUUGAACAUUUUGAACCUAGGUUUUUGUUUUUGUUUUUUACCAAUUUUUAAUCCAGUCUUUUCAAGAUGAUUGAUUUAAGCUUCCUCACAGAGGAGGAGCAAGAUGCCAUCAUGAAGGUCCUUCAGAGAGAUGCUGAAUUGAAAAGGGCAGAAGAAGAGAGAGUCAGACAUUUGCCUGAAAAAAUUAAGGAUGACCAACAGCUGAAGAAUAUGAGUGGCCAGUGGUUUUAUGAAGCCAAGUCUAAGAGACACAGAGAUAAAAUCCAUGGAGCAGAUAUAAUUCGGGCAUCGAUCAGAAGAAAGAAACCACAAACAUUUGCGGAGCAAAAUCAGAACAGAACAGUCAGAGUGCAGAAAACCUGGGUGAAUAAUGUCAACAAAGACAUCCUCCUUCCCUCAGAACUGUUGGGUGUCAUGGAAGAGCAAGAAGAAGAUAUGGGUGGGCAGUCAGACUCAAGGACCAUUGUAUUGAAUCCAGCUUCUUUCAUGUCAGAUGAAGCCCAAGAAAACCCAAAGAAGUCAUCUGUGUCUCCUUCAAAGCUAAGGAAGAAUCCAUUUAAUAGCUCCAUGUUUCCAGAGGAUAAUGUAUCUUUCCAAAUCCCAAAUGAACCAUCGGAAAAUGGACGAACUGGUUUACUUCAGAUUUCAAAAGAGGAAGCAUUGUAUUAUUCAAAGGAAAACAAGUUCACCCCAUACUUUCCAGACCAAAGACUAGAAGGACCAAGCCCAGUUGUUCUAGGACCUGUUGAUGGGUCCCCAAUGAAACCACCGAUCCCCAAAGCCAGGAAAUUCAUUUAUAAAAAUACAUCUAAUCCCCAGCUAGAUGACAACCAGUCUCUUCCUAACCUGGGCCAAAAGACAGAUUCCCUGAACAGCAGAAGUGCCCCCCGAGGGAUCCUCAAACGGAACUCCAGCUCCAGCAGCACCGAUUCAGAGAUUGUUCGUUCUAAUCACACCUUGGAACCCAAAAGCAAAAACCUGCCAGCUCGCCUUGUGAUUCAUGAAGGAAACUCUGAAAAGGAUGACUCCAUGGAAGAUGAGUCUUCCCAGAAUCCUCUAGAGCCCUUCAAACAAGUGAGAUUUUCAGCGGUGAAGGAAGAAGUUGCUCAGGGUCCCGAGCUGAACCAUGGCAGGGAAGUGGGAGAGUUUGGCCUUUUGGAAUCUGAUAUACCUAUUGGUGGAAUGGAAGACGCAGGUUACUUACAGGACCUUCCGAACAAACCUGUGUUUUCCAGGUACAGAAAACCAACACAACAAAUGAGUCCAGCUUCUGACUCUUACCAGAUUAAUGGAACCAGCCCAUCAACUGAGAACAACUCUCAUCAGAAGAUCCCUCCUCAGUCAGAGAUUUCAAACAAAAGACUAUCUUUCAGUGAGAACCCACCCUCUAACAGAGAGUCCAAAAAGGCAUCCUCAAAGCGGUUGAGCCUUGAAUCAGAAUUAUGCAAAAACCCUGCUGAUGAGAGUCCCCAUUGGGUUGAACCUGAACCACCUCAGGUACAAGAUCUCAGUCAUUCUGCAGAUCAUCAGCAAGGUAAGCAUAUAGAUUUCAAGGCUCUAAACGCUAAGACCUAUUCUCAGUAUGAUCAAAAAGCCACUGAGAUAAUGAAAGCAACUGACAAUUCCAUCUCUAAAGUCCUAGACUGGUUUAGCAGAAGUUCUAAUCCUGAUGUUAAAAUACCAUCCUUUCUACAUCCUGAAGGGAUGCAGUCUAAAGGAAAAUCAGGCUCAAAAUGGCAGAAUAAUAACACCAUGAAUAGAGAAAAUACCAGCCUCCAGCAAGAUGACAUACAGUCUCCAGUUUUCAUCCAAGGUGAAAUAAAGACUGUAGAUACUACUUAUCCAUUUUGGGUAAAGGGAGAUCCAUUAUCUUUUGAAAAUAGUAAGAACAAUGGCAUAGAAUUCAAGAAAUCAGAUGAUUAUGUUUUACCCAAACAAAUUCACAAAGAGAAAAGACAACCAUUGCCACUAUUCAAAAGUCAGAAUCAAGGAAGUAAGAGUACUAUUCCUGUUCAAGACACAAAAAAUCCAAAUAAGGAGAUAGAAACAUAUUUCCUAAAUACUGAUGAUCCCUUUAACAUUUUCAAAGAAUUAGAUGCAAAGUGCCAAGUAUCAUCCAAAGUAGAGGAUUCCUCAAACAAAGAAAAACUCAAAAUUUUUGCUAAUGUAAAAAACAGAGGAAAUUCGAAGAUGACUAUUGAUUCUUCUGAGAAUAUUGGAGAACACAAAUUAAAGUAUAACACGGAAGCCAAAAAUAGAAGAGUGAAAAAAACUGAUUGUCUGUCAUUUCCAUCAGAGAGAGAGAAUAUCAGGUCAUCAGCUCUUAUUGCUGAUGAGGGAUUGAGAGAAAAAGAAUCUAAUUUCCUCAGUCAUAGUAGGCUAUCUGCUUUUUGUGAAAAGCCAAAGGAUUUGCCUCAACAAGAAGCCAGUAAUCCACCUGGGAGUCAAGUACAAAGGGAGAAAUAUAAAAGAGUAAGUGAUCGGAUAUCCUUCUGGGAAGGAGGAGGAAAGAUAGCUGAUAUGACUGACAGGGUGCCAAAUUUAGCAGGAAAUCAGGUACAAGUGUCUACUACAGUAACUUGCCCCAUGAAAUCAGUAGAUUUGCCAGUGAAAAAUUUGAAUAAAGGCCAGAAUGAAUAUGAUUUUAAAGUUUGGACCUUGGAGGACAGGAUGAAUGAAAGUUCCCCAAAACAAAUAAACAAUCCUUCACAGUUUCAGAAUUUGAGAAACUUUUGGGACAUGGGAAGUAAUUUAGAUAGUAUAAACAACACCACUCAUCCAAAUAGUAAAAAUUCAUUGUCUUUAGAUAGCCAAAAAGACAAGGAGUUUGAUGAAACUAAGCUAAGAAGAGAGAAAAGUGCCUUAGCAGGACAGAACCUUCUAAGACAAAAUAAUGCAUCAUAUGGAGAGGAAGUAGUGGAGCAGGAUUCAAAGCAGCUUCCUCAGACACUUUCAGAUGAAGCCACAUUUCCUUUGAAAUCACCAGCAAAAUUCAUUCAGUUGCCAAAGAAUGUGUCAUCAAAGAAAAAUGUAGAUGAGCAUCUUAUCUGGUUGGUUCCUCCAAAGCUUAAGGAAGAAAGACAUUUCUCAAAGGAAGAAGUGAAGGAGUCUGUCAUGAAAACAAAUGUUUUGCCUAAAGAGUACCAAGAUUCUUUUAAUAGAAGUUUAAAGAAACUGCUUGAAGGAGCUUCAUUACUGUCAUUUCAGCCUUUGGGUGACAAAGAUAGUCCAGAAAAUGGGCACCAUCCAGACUUUCUUGAAAAUAGAAUAUUUUUCCAGGAAUCAGAUUCAACUGACAUUGAGAAAAGAUCUGAGCCUCCAAACCAGGACCCAAAGACAAGUACAGUCUGCAUCUUAGGCCCAUCAGAGUAUAAAUGUAAACCAUUUAUUCCCAAUCCAGAAAAAUCACUCAAAGAAGCAUCUCAUCUUCCAGACUCUUCUAGUCAAGUCAAGUCAGAAACUUUUUCCACUGGGUCUAGGUCUUUGUCAAAGCAGAGAAGGUUUUUUGAAAAAAUGAUGGAGCAGAGUUAUAACAAUUCAUUGAAUAAGAGGGAGGGGAGGGUACCUCUUGAAGAAGUGGGAAAGGCCUCAGAUAAUACUAUGAUCCCCCCAAAAAUAAAAAAUGGUGAUUAUGAAAUAAUUCAAAAGGAAGUAUUGCAGGAAGCUCCUGCCCCUUCCCAUUCAUUAUAUCAGAUUGCUAAUCAGACUGCUUUUGGGGGGGCAACCAAUUCUUCCCAAGAGUCUUCUUCCCGCUCUAUUUAUUCUGCCUUCCAUAAUAAGACAAAAUCUCCUCAAAGAGAAAUUUCAGAGACUAUUGAAAAAAUAGUCCUCCCCAAAGCUGAGUUGAAUGAUUUAAACACCGCAUUGGAGAAACUUCACCACGAAGCUCAAGAAGAUGCUUUGAAUUCCACAAGAAAGAGAAGAGAAAUUCCUGGAGGUUACCCUGAAGGGAUUGCACUGACACAUAACCAGUUAAAGUCUCGGAUGUCAGGAGAAUCAGUGGUUUCAGAUGAAAACAGUUCCCAACCUAUUGACAAGGGCCUAGAAGAACCUAGAAAAGAAGCAUUGGGUAUAUAUUCUAAACAUUGUCAUAAUUCACCUUACUUGGACCACUCUGUUACCCAGCCUGGCUCUAUUACUUACCAGCAUUCCAAACUACCCCAGGAAAUAUCAGAAACUCUGACAAAAACCAUCAUUCAGUCUAGAGUUGAGUUUAGAGAUUUUAAUAUUGGCUUAGAAAAACUCCUUAAAGAAGCCUCAGAAAGCCCACCUUUGAAGGAUAAUGAUGUAAUAAAUCCUAAGGCUAAGCUAAUGGGUGCAUCCGCCCUUCCUGGUCAAACCGCUGCUUCUAAAAUACCGUGUUCAGAUUUCCUUGAAGAAAUCAAGGAAACCAUAGAAAAAUCUUUGGCUCCUUUAGCAGCCGAAAGCGCAUUUGACUUGGGGUUUGAGAAAAUCCUUAAGGAAGCCACUGCAACUUUGCCUACAGUGACAGAAGAAAAGGGGACUCCCAGUAAAAAGACCUCACCAUCAGAGCAGGGAAAGCUGUCGGGCAAAAUGCCCCAUUUGUAUUCAUGGAACCCGGGAGAUGCUAAGAUGAAGGUUAAGAGUAAUAAUUUGAAAACAGAAGACCAGCAGUUCAUUAAAGACAAAGCAAUAGUAGGUGGAGAAGGAAGGCCACAGGUUUCUGAAAGUACAAUUUGUAGCCCGGGAACCACGUCAGCACAGAAUGAACUUAAUGAGAGUAUCAUGGACAGAGGGACUGGGGACUGUGCACGAGGGGCCACAAGAGAAGUUUUUCAGGUCACCAGUAAAGAUCCCUCUGGAAAACACCAUUGGGCCACAUGCAGGGAUCCCAGUGAGUCACUUCCGAGCAAAAAGACACAUUCUAAGAUAAGCAAGGUUGAACUGUUUCUAGCAACGCCACACAAAAGAGAAGAAGGAAGAGAAAGCUCCUCCAGUUCGGAUUUUUCAGAAGAAUAUGGUAGUUCUAAUACAGACAGCCGGAGAAGUUCUUCCCGUUCAGAAGAAGAGUCAAAUCCUGUUUUGAAGGCUUUGAAAAGGAAUGCUGAUAGGAAAAUGCCUUCCCAAAGCCUAGAGGACAUUGCAUCAGACAGACCAAAUGGAGGCAAAGUAGCCUUUCCGCCAGAAGACCUAGUGCGCAGCACUGAAGAUGAUCAGAAAACAGAUCAACAACAACCUACAAAUGAAUGCAUGCCAGGAAUUUCCACAGUGCCUUCACAUCCCGAUAACCAAUUUCCACAUCCCGAAAAACUCAAAAGGAUGAGCAAGUCUGUUCCAGCAUUCCUCCAAGAUGAGAGUGAUGACAGAGAGACCGAUUCCGCAUCAGAAAGCAGUUACCAGCUUGGCAGACACAAGAAGAGCCCGAGCUCUUUAACCAAUCUUAGCAGCUCCUCUGGCAUGACAUCAUUGUCUUCUGUGAGUGGAAGUGCGAUGAGUGUUUACAGUGGAGACUUUGGCAAUCUGGAAAUUAAAGGAAGUAUUCAGUUUGCCAUUGAUUAUGUGGAUACAUUGAUGGAGUUCCAUGUUUUUGUGGCCCAGUGCAAGGACUUAGCAGCAGCUGAUGUUAAAAAACAGCGCUCGGACCCAUAUGUAAAGACCUAUCUGUUACCAGACAAAGGCAAAAUGGGCAAGAAGAAAACAUUUGUGAUGAAGAAAACCUUGAAUCCUGUGUAUAAUGAGAUAUUGCGUUAUAAAAUUGACAAACAGAGCUUGAAGAAUCAAAAACUGAACCUCUCAGUCUGGCAUCGAGAUACAUUCAAACGCAACAGUUUCCUCGGGGAAGUAGAACUUGACCUGGAAACAUGGGACUGGGACAACAAACAGAAUAAACAAUUGAAGUGGUACCCUUUGAACCGCAGGACAGCACCAGUUGCCCUUGAAGCAGAAAACAGAGGAGAAAUGAAAUUAGCCCUUCAGUACGUCCCAGAGCCAUUCUCAGGUAAAAAGCUUGCUACAACUGGAGAAGUGCACAUCUGGGUGAAAGAGUGCAUUGACCUCCCCCAUCUUCGGGGCAGCCACCUGAAUUCUUUUGUCAAAUGUACCAUCCUGCCAGAUACAAGUAGGAAAAGUCGUCAGAAGACAAGAGCCGUAGGAAAAACAACCAAUCCUAUCUUCAACCACACCAUGGUCUAUGAUGGUUUUAGGCCUGGAGAUUUAAAAGAAGCCUGUGUAGAGCUGACAGUCUGGGACCACCACAAAUUAACCAAUCAGUUUUUGGGAGGACUCCGAAUAGGCUUUGGAACAGGUAAAAGUUAUGGCACUGAAGUAGACUGGAUGGACUCCACUCCAGCAGAAAUCUCUUUAUGGGAAAGAAUGGUGAACUCACCCAACACUUGGAUUGAAGACAUCCUCCCACUCCGGAUGCUGCUCAUAGCCAAGCUGACUAAGUAAGAGAGAGCAUCUCAAGGCCCAGGGGCUCCAUGGAAAGACAACUUCCUCAUUUUCCUGCAUUAGAAAGUACAGAACAAAUGGCAUCCCUGAAAAUCCCAUCAUGGGGACAAAAGCCAUUGACACCCUUGAUAUCCAGGACAUGUUGGACUGUGAAUUUGCAUGUGUCUUCAUGCUCUGAAACCAGAGGAAUUUGAAUAGCAGGCAACUAUGUGAUCAAGAUGUCAUUUGAAAUUAAAAGAAGGCCCCAAAUGUGUUAUAUGAUCUACAUGAACUAACGUUGCUGCUUCAGAGGGAAAGCUGCCCCCAAAACGGGAAACGUGGAGUAGUGUUUAAUGCUACUGUAUCUGCCAGGAGAUGGGCUGCAUUCCCCCUAUAUUCCAUUGUGGAUGAUCAAAUAUUCCCUCAUUAGUUACAGAUGUUUAGGGUAUGGAAGGAAGUUGAUAAGGAAAAAUAAUUAUUGUUCUUGUUAAACAAUUAAGAGCAAUGUAAGGAUGUGGUGAUGAAGCAAAGACUGCCACAGGUGAGAUGGAAAUCUAGUUGUUACUUAUAUUCAGAGGAGAGAUUUCAGUGAUGUAAGUAUUUUGAUGGGAUAUAUACUAUCUGGGAAACCUUCAUUUUGGACAUAAUGUGUACACGCAAACCUAAAUAACUAUGGAGGUUCCUUGAAGAUGUAAAAAAAAUCUUAGAAAUAUGGUGGUUCCACCCACUGGACACAGAUGGAACUUCAGCCAAAGUUUUAUUCAAAUAGGUCUUAAGGACAAGUUUUAUAAAAGCAUAUGUAAAACACUGAGCCUAUCUGAUUCUGUCCUUCCUGUAAAUGGGCUAAGUGAAAGCAAUGUACUUUGGUUAUAGACAUGCUUAGGAUUAGAACAUAAUUGCUAAAUUAUGCCAUUCUUGUUUCCUGUGUAUGUAUAAUUUUAAUAAUGUAUUUUAUAAAACCUUUACGCUUCCAAAUAAAUUAUAAUACUUCAUAUGUACCUUA